AAAAAUUGAGUCUAUGGCCAAGGGUAAGAAGAAGAGGCGCCCAGACUGUGCUUGAAUGGGUGGAAAGCCAUGAAGUCUAAGGGCUAAAAGGGGACCAAGAACGGAGACUGGAGUCCUCAGCUAUCCUGGCCUCGGGCUGCUCCUCUAAUUUGUAAUUCGCUCAGGCCACACCCAGUGCCUGCACCGCCCGCCCGCCCGCGGUUUUCAGAGCAGAGUUUUCCUUUGGGAGCUGGAGAAACGAGGACGUAUGAAUGACCCCCUCGCAGGGAUCGAGCCCGGGAGGUCCCGGAGGCGCGCCGGGUGCUCUGCGCGCGGGGUGGAGUGUGGGCCGCCCUUGGAUCCGGGCUCCCGGGAUCCCACGCUGGCGGGGACCGACAGGGACCUAGCAGCAGCAGCAGCAGGUGGGGAUGUGAGAUCUCGGACGCGACAGAAUUUGGAUUGCCAGUCCUGGGUCAGAGAGAAAGUGCUCUUUCUUUUGCACCCCGAGAGGUGGUUGGGAAAGCAUACGGACCCUGCUUGCCCCGAGCUGGCGGAUAGCGAGGACCUGCCCCCGAGGAUUGGAGACCGCCGCCAUUCGGAACCGGAACCGAAGCUUUCCAGACGGCGCAUUGCCACGGUCCCCGGAGCCCAGCCCGGGGACCCCGCAGCCACACCCAGGUCGGUGCUGGUGCGGAUCGUGGAUUACCAGGAGACGCAGGAGGUACUGCAGACUGCGUGGACCAAGGGCCGUAUGACCACUAGAACCGAGGAGAGCUCUGUGACCGCAGUCACUUUUCGCACCCAGAGUGAGUGACACAGUGUGUGGGGCACCGGGACCCCAGCAGAACCUGGAUGUACCGCAUCUUGGUAUUCUUCGCCAAGGACCAGAUUCCCGGAGGAGAUUAAACACAUAGAUUCCUGGAAACCUGAGAAAUAUUUCGGGGCUGUGUUUCGAGAAAAUGCUCGAAGAACCAACUCUCAGCAGCCUUGGAUUUCCUCCGUGGCGUCAGUGUCUCAGUCUUUUAAGAGAACAAAAGGUGAAGAACACUUUCCAUUUCACAAAUGUCCCAGGAAGAGCAUCCGAACUUGUCCUCAGUGCUAAGGAUUCUCUCAGAUGACCAAGUCUUGGCUUUUUGACUUAACUUCUACCUCAAAGAAAAACUAGUUCAUCUGAAAUUGUCUUUGUUAGAUGCAUUGCAUCCAAGACCCCCAGGGGCUCAUCGGAGCACAUUAUAACUGGGACAAAUGUCAAAGUCACAUAGCCACCAUGGAUCAGGCCAGUGUCUACCUCUUUUUUUAUUAUUAAUAUGUAUUUUUUUUUGAGACAGCAUCUCAUUGCGUAACCCAGGCUUACUUUGGACUUGGUGUCUAGCCUGUGAUGAUUGAACCUGAGAUCUUUCUCAGCCUCCCACACACUGGGAUGACAGUGUGUGCCAGAAUAUUUGACCGCCACCUCUCCUUAACCCCCUUUUCCACACCUGUUAUUACCUGUGAUAUUUGUUAAAUUUGACUUGCUGUUGUAUUGAGGAGCCUCAUGAGUUCUUGUUAUUAAAAUUCACUGUGAUUCUUUUUUUCCUAAGA